CCAAACUCACAGGAGCACAGCUGUGAAGAUUCUUGGUUUCUUGGUUCCCUCAGGAGGUGUCCGCACCCCCCAUCCCCACAUGGCCUCCUCCUUGUCCUGCCCGGCCGCCCGCCUGGCUUUCCUUAAAGCCUCUCACUUCUCGCUGGGCCCGGAGCCCCGCCUGCACGCCUCCUCCCAGCUCUCCACCACCCACCGGGAUUUCCGGGCGCCCCCUCCCGCACCCCCGCCGGCCCGCAGCCCCGCGCCCCCGCGCCCGGAGCUCUUCCACGUGGACGUGCACGCGGCGACCCAGGGGCGCGUGUCCGAGGCGCAUCGCGCGUUCCCGCCGCCGCCGCCCGUGUCGCAAGAGAAGCGGCGUGCGCGCCCCCGCGACGUGCGCGCCGCCGCCGCGCCGCUCCCAGGCCUGCGCGCGGCCCCGGCCGUCUCCACCGCGCGCGCCUCGUUCCGCUGGCCCCCCCAGCCGCCGCGCGUGCGCGAGCAGAUCCGGGGCGCGCGCCUCAUCUUCGACCGGGAUUCGGUGCCUCCGGGGGACCCCGCCAAGCUGGGGUUGCCCCUCACCACCUACCGGGAGCUCUUCCCACCCCACUGGGCCGCCGCCCUGCAACCCCUUGCGCCCAGCAGACACCUCGGGGGCCCGAACCCCCUCCAGUGGGACCAUAAGACCCAGGAUCCUGAGACCACCUACCUGAGGCAGUUCCAGGCUCUGCCCGGCUCACCUGCCUUGAUGUGUGAGAAGGCCUCCUCCAGUGUGGUUCUGGGUGACCACAAGCUUGGGUACAGGUCCAUGUGUUCCGAGCAGAAGCAAAUGCAUCACCCACAGGGUCUGCCCCCGGAGAGGUAUGACAAGGCACUGGCUUCAGCCCUCACCCACCAUGCUAACAUCCCCCAGGGAGACGGUUGCUUCCGGGACAAGACCACCAAGGCCCAGCACUUCUGUGCCCACGAGCCACAGGCUCUGGGUCUACAACACAACCUGAUUCCAACAUCACACAUUCUGCAAGGAGCCCGGAACCCGGGGCCCAACUGCCUGACCACUUCACAUAAUUUCUUCUACCGCCAGCCGCCCCCCACCAGGCCAUCCUGUCGCCACCCACCGCCCGAUUUGUUGGAGAGUCACGUGAUCUUCGGGGAACCCACACUGCUCAGUCGUUUCUUCCAGACCACCAUGGGCACGGACUACAGCCCCCCGGGCCAACAGGAACCCUGCAAGGCCCCCACGCUGCACCUGCAAGAAAGCGACCUGCCCCAGGGCACUGGAAAAACUUAUUUUUUAACCACCAACCAGAAGAUGCUGGUACCACAUGACACAGCCCCAGCCUCCAUAACACACAGGCAGCUUCAGAGGUGCAAGUACAGUCACGUGGAGCCCCCCCUGGGCACAAAGCGUUUCUUCUCCACCCAGUACAAAGAGGAGUUUCCCUUCAAGAGCCUGGGCCCUCCGGACCUGAAGGCUGGCAGCUUCCAUGAGAGUCACGUGCCCCUGGGGUCUCCUCCCCCAAAGGGCUGCGGGACCGAGCUGAGGGGUCCCCAAGCCCGCCAGCUUCCCUUGUACCCAUGUCGCAGCCAGCAAUAAACAUCACCCCGGUCA